AUGGCCCCGGCCGUUCCCCUGUGCCGGGCGGGGCCGCCCCGUCCCCGGCCCUGGGCGGCCCGGCGCGGUCUCGCCCUCGCCCGGCUCCCGGCGCGCCGGCUGUGGCGUUGCUGGGCGCUCCUGUGGGGCUGGCUGUGGGACGGGCUCGGCCUCGCCGCCCCUUGGCUCCGCCUGGCUCGAGCCCGGCGCCUGCCGGGGCCGGCGGGGGCCGCGGGCGCCGCGGCCGCUGCCGCCUCCUCGGCGGCUUCCCCGGCCAGAGCUCCGCCGCUCGCCAGCCCGGCCGCCGGCAGCGAGCCGCCGCUGCCCGCUGCGGCUGGGGAAGCCCGGCCCGGGCCGCUUGAGGGGCGCUCGGGGGCCGUGCCGGGCCCCGGCCCCAACGCUGACGGCCACGUCUCGCCCGCACCGAAGGCCAAGGAGCCGCUGCACGAGCGCUACCGGCUGCAUUCGCUGCUGGGCAGCGGCGGCUUCGGCCGCGUCUACGCGGGGACCUGCCUGGCGGACGGAGCCCCGGUGAGUGCAGCAGGAGGAGGAGGAGGAGGAGGAGGAGGAGGGCGGGACGGGCGGCGAGCUCAACCCGCCCUUCCCCUCGGCUUGCAGGUGGCCAUCAAAGCCGUGUCCCGGGAUGGCAUCCGGCGCUGGGGCGAGCUGCCCGACGGCACCCGGGCCCCCCUGGAGAUCGUGCUGCUGGACAAGGUGUCCAAUGGCUUCCCUGGGGUCAUCCAGCUCCUGGAGUGGUUCGAGCUCCCCAACGGGUUCCUGUUGGUGAUGGAGCAUCCGGAGCCGUCUCAGGACCUCUCUCGCUUACUGAGGGCGUGGGGGUUCCUGCCGGAGGAGAUGGCGUGGGGGCUGUUCCGCCAGGUGCUGCAGGCCGUGCGGCACUGCACCAGCUGCGGCGUCCUGCACCGGGACAUCAAGCCCCAGAACAUCCUCCUCCACCUGGCCAGCGGCGAGGCCAAGCUCCUCGACUUUGGAUGUGGCACCUUCCUUAAGGACACGGUCUACACCCAGUUUGCAGGAACACUGUCAUACAGCCCGCCAGAGUGGAUCUACCUCAAGCGCUACCACGGCGAGGAGGCGACCAUCUGGUCCCUGGGCAUCCUGCUCUACCAGAUGGUCUGCGGGAAGCACCCUUUCCGCAAAGGCCCCAACACCAUCUGGGCCCAGCUCCCGUUCCCAGCACGGGUCUCUCCAGGUGGAUACCAAUCUUUGUGGCACGGGGGGAAUAACGGUGUUGGGAGAGGGCAGCGGGCUCACGAGGACGCCGCUCUUGAAGCUGUUUGUGUCCCAUGGGUGGCUGGAGGAGGUGGCCUGUGUCCUGCCAUCCUGCUCUCCUCCAAAAGGGAGAAUCGAUGGAGAAGUUUGGGCACAGCUCUGAGCACAGCCAGCACAGCCUGGGCACGUGGACAGUGGGACAGAGGGGACAGGAUCCUUCUCCAACUGACCGGCCAUUUUCCCCCCAGGCUGCCAGCACCUUAUCAGGUGGUGUUUGUCCAUCCGCCCCUCGGACAGGCCAGCACUGGAAGACCUGUUGUGCCAUCCUUGGGUGCAGGGCAUUCCCCUGCCCUAGAAGACGGGAGAGAUCCACGUGCUCCCUUUGAUCCCGGGGCCUGGCAGACAGCUGGGCCCUCGGCAGAACGCUGACAGCCUGGUCUGGCCCCCAGGGAAGGAGAAGGGGCCUCUGGAGAAGCUGUGCCGGGUGGGCCUGCUGCUGGAGACAUCGAGGACGACGUCAGGGAUGACAAGCUCUCAGUUGACCUGGACGCCGGCCAGCUGAAGAGGAUGGACUUUGAUUCUGGCCCCUUCCUCCAAGCCGUGCUCCACACGCCGUUUGCAGAUGAGUCCACACCCAGGGGGUGCUCCCGGACACGGGCAUUGCUCAGCCUGGCUGGGCACCGAAGGUUCCCCCUUUGCUGAUGGGGAACCUGAGGAAUUCUUCAGCCGGCUGCCAAGCUGCUUCUUGGCAGGAGGGCGGGCGGGUGCUCUGGGCUGGCUGUGAAAUGGGAGCCCGGCUCUGCCCCCAGCCUCUGCCACUGCCCCUUUGCUGGGCGGGGCUGGGGCAGGGGCAGCCAGCCUGCCAAAAACAAACCCCCGUGGGGGGAGCAAAGGCAGGGCUGCAGAACACCAGCUGCUUUGGGCUGCAGGCCAGGAAAGGCUUGGGCUGCCUUGGCUUAGGAGCCUUUCUUUGGGCCAGUGCUGCAGGGCAGGGAGAAGGCCUGGGUUUUCCUCAGCUGGAGGAGGUGGGGUUUUCCUUUGGCCUGCAGGGCUUGGGCCUUCCUCAGAACCCUGACAGAAGGUUAACAUUUUACCUUUUUUUCUUGUUUCCACUUUUGGUUUGUAAUCUCUGUUCAUGAAUUUGUUGUUUGUUUUCCAGGGAAGAGUUGGAGCUGGUGCCCAGUCCGGGUUGGGAAGGGCUGGGACCAUCCCUGGAGAGGAUCUGACGUCCCCUCUGAGAAGGCUGAGGACAUCCUUUGGGACAUGCUCUUCUUGCAGCAGCAGAUCUUGGGAGGUAGAUGCUCAUCUUGCCCAUCUUGUCAGCAGCAGUGGGAUAAUGGCUUUGGGGAGAUGGCAGCAGGCACAUGAACAUCCCGCUCUUGCAGCUGCUGAGGAGGUUGAUCUCCUGGGCUUGGCUGGAGGAGGUGGCACCUGUGUUGAGUAAUUGCUGAAAUCCAGUCGAUCUGGGAUGACCCCAAAUGACAGUUUAGUUUUCAGCUUGCUCGAGCUGUAUCUCAGCUGUUCUCUGAACACUUCUCUCCCCCACCUGCCUAGUACUUCCCAACUGCUCCCUCCUGUCCCUGCAAUGAGUUCCCAGCUCCUCAUGGUCUCCAUCAAACCACUGAGAGAAGAAAUAGAAACUCACAGUCCCCCGGAGUGCCCAAAUGAGGAACAAUGUAAUCCUGGAGAAGUCCUAGAGAAUUAGAUAAGGGAUGUCCCAAACCAGCAGGAUGCAAACUAAGCUCUGGGUACCCAGAUAAUGAAAGAACAAACUUUAUUUUUGGUGGUGAAACACAAUGGUGCUGUGCUGCUCAAGAACUGAGGUCAGGAUGACAGAGAAGGCCCGGAAGGACCAGAAAAGGACUUCCAAUAGGGGUGUGGCUGUGUAAAGCAAAGUACUGAAUCUGUAUUAAGUAAGCCAGACUAUUGAAUGCACAUGUAAACAGUGUGUGUAAUAAACAGCCCUGUCUGUCCUUUGGCACGGUGCAUUAGAGGAGCUCUCCUCUGAACGCCCAGCAUGCUGAAUAAAGAAGAAUGCUCUUUUUAACAUCUCCAAAUUGGGGUGAAGAAGUUUGUUUCUGCUGCUUUUCAGUGUCAUUUUUGGCCCCCAGACAGGACACCUCUGCCUGAUCUCCAGCGGAUCCGAGGGAUCUCUGGAUCUUCACGCCAGCACCAGGACUUUGCUGCAGAAGAGCACAGAUCCCCAGCCCAGUCUGGGACACAGAACGUGUGAAAGGGCAGAAAGAUUGUGGUGUGAAUGCAGCGCCCUCAGAGCCCUUGGUGUGAGCCCGGAAAGGAAAAUCAAGCUGAGGGACAAGAUCAGUCUAAUUUGGGGACAUUGUUGGAGGUUGGAGUUGCAGUUCUGGAAGAAAUCCCUGAGGAAAUGGUGCCCCCGGGGAGAGGAAGAGGACGAGAGCAUGGGCAGCCUGCUUCAAACAUCCCCCCAGGAGACUUGGGAGCAGUCCCUGUGCAUCCUGUAAGAAAGAUGGACACUGGAAAUGGGAUUGUCCGCAACUGAAACUUCAGAACCCUCCGAACCCUCUCGUGGCAUCACUGAAGACGACUGAGGGGGCACCAGAGGAUUCUUCCCCAUCAGAACAUCUGGUUCCAGCCAAGCUAAGCACAAUUGUUUGUGGCUGUGGGAACUUGUUCCUCUGUGUUAAAUGCAGGGAAAUGAAACUCAAGGGACAAUUCUAGAACAAUUGUCUGGUGUGCCAGGGAAUUGGGAAACUGGGCCAUUUUUAAUGCUGUGGCUUUGAAAUUGGGAAAACAGUGGUUGGCUCCCCAGUUUUUGUAUUUCCCCAAUUCCCCAAAGCCUCUGCUUGGGAGAGAUCUCUUGGCAAAAUGAAAUGCCACAAUCCAAUUGAAAAAUGGUCCAAUAUAGGUUAUUAUUGCAGAGCCUAAUUCUGUGCAAGUUUCUAGUUUUGCAUGAGAGUCUCCCAAAGCAGAAGUAAUCCAUCUGCCACCAUCACUUGGGGAUGCAGUGGUUCCAACAGGAUGGGCUGGAGAGGUGCCUCCAUGAUCCAAGAGAGCAGAACCCGUGAGAAUUCCAGAGAAACCUGGAGUGGGGUUGGUGAGGCCAAAGCAAUGUCCUUUGCAAAUAGAAAGUUGUAAGGGAUUCUCACCCUUUGUAGAACAAUUGAUGAAAUUUUGCUUGUGAAAAGAAUGUGAAUCUAAAUGGAAUGCUCCAGUUUUGCCAGUCAAGCAGGCAAAUGGAAGGCUAUGCCAGUUAGUCCAAGACCUUAGAGCUGUAAAGAACAGAGUAGAAGAUAUACAAGCAGUCAUAGUGAAUCCUUACACUUUGCUAACUCCCCUAAAUGAAAGUUUAAUAUGUUUCACAGGAUUAGAUUGGAAAGCUGCCUUUUUGUGUCUCCCUUUGAGUUGGGAAAGUCAAGAGCUUUUUGCUUUCCAAUGGGAAAAUGCAAAGCUGGGGAGGAAAACCCAUCUGACUUUGGUGGUCCUCUUGCAGGGGUUUAAAAAUAGCCCCCCAAUAUCUGGAACUCAAUUGGCAAAGGGACUGGAGGAAUGGAGAAGUCCAAACCCACCCUCUUGGAGCCUUAUUGCAGUGUGGGGAUGAUCUUUUGAUGCCACUGAUGCUGAGCAGCAACGUUGGGGUCAGACUGUGGCCCUGUGGAAUUUCCUUGGGCUGAGUGGAUAUGGGGUAUCCCAAACACAAAGUGCAAGUAGUCCAGAGCCCAGGAGCCUCCGUGGGCUUUGGAAUUCUCCAAGGACAAGGGAGGCUGGGCCAGGAAGGAAAGAAGCAACCUGUCAACUGCCCCAGCCCCAGCAAAGGAAACCCAGAGCGGGAUUGCUUCCAGACUAGAGGAGAAGUGUAUUGGGGCAGAGCUGACUUAGGAGACAGCCCCUUGGAAAGUCCUGGUUGGGAAUUGUUUCCCAGUGGGGGCAGCUUUGUCCGGCAUGGAAAACAAUUCUCUGGAUGCACAGAACUCCCCACCACCAGGGCAGAGAUCCUGACAGAGAUCCUUCUCCCAGUAGAAGAAAAUGAGUCUAGUGCUAAGGAUUGUCAACUCCUUGAAACAGUAGAGCAAACUUUGCUCCAGGAGGCUGGGCAGUUCCCCCAAGUGGGCAAAUAAUAGUCCCUGAGCCAAUCUCCUGUGACCUGGUGGAUGGGGAACAUGAGGGGAUUCCUUGGAGUGAAGCAAAUUAUUGAAACAUUUGCCCAAGUGGGUUCUUGGUCCAAAACUGACCCCAGUUGUACAAGCAGUGAGUCAGCAGUGUGGUGUGUGGAAGAGAAAUAAUCCAAACCCUGCCACUGGAGUGGGAACAGGUGAUGGAAAAUGCAGAAAUGCUGCAGGUGAAUGUUGGCAGAUGGAUGUGACUGAAUUGCCCAGAAAAGGGGGGUGUAAAGAUCUCCUGGUCUUGGGGGAUACCUUCUCUGGGUGGCCAGAGGCUGUUCCUUGUUGCACUAAGCAGGUUGGGAAAGAGACUGCAAUCCUGUUCAGUGCAAUCCUCCCUGUAUUUGGGAUGCCUUUGGGAAUGUCAUCAGACAGAGGUUCCCACUUGACUGCAGAAACAAAAUGCUUCACUCUUGUUUUGCUCUUCUGACAACAGUUCAAACACUGUUGACGUGGGAGGAAAAUUUACAUGUCUUUUUAGUGCCAAAGGUGAUCCAAGUGUUGCCCACAAGUGUCUGUAUUAAGUAAGCAAGACUCUGUAAGGAAUCUGGAAACUGUGUGUGUAAUGUAAAGCCCUGUGUGGCUGUCACUGAAGUGCUGAGGCUGAACAACAGCCCCUGAGCCAAAGCUGAGCUCUAGAUGAACCUUCCAACCUAAUGGGCUGUGUCUCCAUGUAUCUGCUCCUGAGCUAAAACUGGGUCUAUUUGUUGGUACAAAUGUGGUGGGAUGGGACUCCACCUGUGUAUCUGCUCCUGAACCAAACAGGUGUGCUUCUUAGGAAGAUCUGUUAGUCUGGGCUCAUCAGUGAAUCCUGUUUGUAUCUGUUCCUUAACAAAAGAUGUCUGAUUGUGAGCAAAAUCUGAUCUUUCUGUAUCUGGAGAGUGGUGGAGGCCAUGGCAGUCGAUGUCUGGCCUUGUUUGGCAGUGGCUGGUGCAGGGGGAGCCUUGGUUUGGGAGAAGUAGAACAUUGCUCCCAAGAUUCUGCUCUGGCCAAAUAAGGAACAACAGAAUCUUAGAGAAGUCCUGGAGAAUUGGAUCAGGGCUGGAACUCAAGCAAACAGGAUGUGAGCUGAGCUCUGGGGACCCAGAGAAGAUCAAACCAAACAUGACGGUCUCUGUGGGGAAAAGCAGUGAUGCUGAGAACCGAGGUCAAGAAGCAGACACCUGAGCUUUGGGGGGCACCAGAUGCCAAAAAACCCACCAGAGACCCCCAGAGAAGACCCCAAAUGACCAAGUAGGGACUUGCAAUAGGGGUGUGACUGUGUAAAGCACAGUAAUGGACAUGUGUUCAGUAAGGGGGAAUAUCCAAUGCCUCUGGAAUCAGUGGGUGUAAUCCCAAGCCCUGCCUGUGUCCCUGAGCAGGCUGGAUUAGAAGAACUCUCCUGCAGGCGUCCAGCACGCUGCCCUAAAGAAUGCCUGCUUCUUAACACCUCCCAGCUGGGGUUAAGGACUUGCUUUCUGCUGCUUUGGGGCACCAUUUCUGGCCCCAGAUGGGACCCUCUGCCUGAUCUCCCGUGGAUCCGAGGGAUCUCUGGAUCUUCACGCCGGCCCCAGGACUUUCCUGGAGAAGACCACAGAUCCCCGGACUGGUCUGGGAUGGGGGAAGAUCCCACUGGAUAAUAAGGCAUUCUUUUGGGGAAUCCUGUCCCUCUAAGACGUGUGGAUCUUCCAGCUCUUUGGGUGGGUUAUUUGGUGUUCCCCCAUUUGGUCUCUGGCUUUGUUUUCUCCACUGAUCCUUGUUUUGUGUUUGUAUUUGUUUCUGCACUGUAACAUUUGCACAAGUGGGUUCUUGGUCCAAAACUGACUCCAGCUGUACAAGCAGUGAGUCAGCAGUGUGGUGUGUGGUAGAGAAAUAAUCCAAACCCUGCCACUGGAGUGGGAACAGGUGAUGGAAAAUGUAGAAAUGCUGCAGGUGAAUGUUGGCAGAUGGAUGUGACUGAAUUGCCCAGAAAAGGAGGGUGUAAAGAUCUCCUAGUCUUGGGGGAUACCUUCUCUGGGUGGCCAGAGGCUGUUCCUUGUCACACCAACCGGGCUGGGGAAGUGAGUGGAAUACUGUUGAAUCCAAGAAUCCCUGGAUUCGAGGUACAUUUGGGAAUGUCAUCAGACAGAGGUGCCCACUUGAUUGUAGAAGUGGUACAACAAGUCAAAUCAGGGAUGCAUUAUUGCAGAAUUCCAAAGGCCAGAGCCCCUUGGGUAAUUGAGAGGUUGUCUGAGAAGAAACCAAAUGCUUAAGUCUGCUUUGGCUCUCCUGACAAUAGUUAAUUGGGUCUUGACUUGGGAGCAAAAUUUACAUCUCCUUUUAGUCUCAAACGUGACCCAAGUGUUGCCUCCAAGGGAUUGCUGGGUGUGCACUCCUUUACCUGAAAAGACAAGGAAGCCAUUCACCGUUUCUGCCUUCCCUGUUCUGGCAGAAAUGAUUCCUGGUCACUGGGUGAGCACUUGUGUUCCCCAAAAAGUAGACCCAGCAGUCAGUGUGCAAGUACCCCCCACCACCUCUGACAAUCCUGCCUGUGUCCAAAGCUGUGACCCCCACUAAAGGAACAGGACAAGUGGAUUGUGUUAAUGAGAGGGGCCCGUUUGUGGGAAAUCACCCCCAAUGUCCUCAAACCCUUCCUGCUGGGGAAAUGACUGAUCCUUGGCCGGUCCCCAAAGGAACGGGGUGGGAUUGGUGUGUGGAAAUAACACCUGGGAAGGGUUACCCCAAAGCUGGAAGGGCAUUUGUAUUUCAGCUUGCAUCAGGAUUCAGUGCUGUAGCUGUUCUAAUGCCUUGAGCUGUAAAAUGAAAUAAAGCUCCUAAGACACUCUAUCCCUUCAGGAGCUUAGUCUGAAAAAAGGGGGAUUUGAUGUGGGAUAUAGAAGACUGCUCCCAACAUUUCUCUAUGGCCAAUCUUGGAGAGGUCCUGGAGAACUGGAUCAGGGAUGUAACUAAGCAAACAGGAUGGAAGCUGAGCUCUGUGGGCCCAGAGAAGAUCAAACCCAAACGUUCCAGUCUUUGUGGUGAAAGGUAAUGACACUGUGUCUGCUCAGAACCGAGGUCAAGAAGUGGACACCUCAACUUUGGGGGGCACCAGAUACCAAAAAACCCACCAGAGAGCCCUGAAGGAGACCCCAAAGGACCAACUAAGGACUUGCAAUAGGGGGGCUGACUGUGUAAAGCAAAGUAACAUCUAUGUCUUAAGUAAGGGAGAAUAUCUAAUGAAUCUGGAAACUGUGUGUGUCAUGUAAAGCCCUGUGUGGCUGUCACUGAAGUGCUGAGGCUGAACAACAGGCCCUGAGCCAAAGCUGAGCUCUAGAUGAACCUUCCAACCUAACAGUCUGUUUAUCCCUGUAUUUGCUCCUUAGCUAAAACUGUGUAUGUUUGUUGGUCAAAGAUGCAGUGUGGAAAGACUCCCCGUGUACCUGCCCCUGAACAAAAUAAAUGUGCUUCUUAGUGAGA